AUGCGUGCGGCGCGCUACUACGGACGUGGUGACAUCCGGAUUGACACGAUUCCCCGCCCGGUGCUGCAGCCCGGCAGCGUCGCCAUCGACGUGGCCUACUGCGGCAUCUGCGGCUCCGACCUGCACGAGUAUGUUGAGGGGCCAAUCUUCGUGCCCACCUGCGGCCGCCCCCAUCCUGUCAGCAAAGAGGCGGCCCCGGUGACGCUGGGCCACGAGAUGUCCGGCGUGGUCGCUGAAGUGGGGGAGGGCGUCGACCACGUCAAGGUUGGCGACAGCGUUGUCGUCGAGCCGUACAUCAUCGAUCCGAAGGUCGACACGGGCCCGGACAACGACGCAUACCACAUUUCCAAGGGGAUGGGGUUCAUCGGGCUGUGCGGGCGCGGCGGCGGGCUGUCUGAGCGCAUCGUCGUCGAGAAGCGCUGGGUGCACCCCGUAGGCAAUGUUCCGCUCGAUGAGGCCGCGCUCAUCGAGCCCCUCAGCGUGGGAUACCACGCGUUCCAGCGCAGCGGGGGGAAGAAGGGCGACUUCGCCCUCGUCACGGGUGCCGGGCCUAUCGGCCUCCUCACCGCGUCCGUCCUCAAGGCUGAGGGACUGACCGUCGCCAUCUCCGAGCCGUCCAGCCUGCGCCGGCAGAAGGCGCAGGAGACGGGCGUCGCAGACCACAUCUUCGACCCGCGCUCAGCGAACAUCGUCGAGGAGAUCUUGAAGCUGCGGCCUGGCGGCGCGGACAUUGCGUUUGAGUGCACGUCCGUGCAGCCAGCGUUCGACACGCUCAUUGAUGCGGUGCGCCCGCGCGGCGUCGUCGUUGUCGUCAGCAUCUGGGGACACAAGGCGGAGAUGGACAUGCAGAAGCUCGUGCUGAAGGAGAUCGACGUGCGCGGCACCAUUGCCUACGUCCACUCGCACCCCGAGACGAUCAAGCUCGUACAGAGUGGCAAGAUUAACCUCAAGCCGUUCAUCACGAGCGUCAUCGGUCUCGACCAGCUCGUGAGCGACGGCUUCGAGACACUCAUCCACCGCAACGAGACGGCGGUCAAGAUCCUCGUCGACCCGAAGAAGUAA